GAUUACGCAUCCAUGAAUACUUGUACUUCCAAGUGCUGAGCCCUGGAGACAUCCGCUACAUCUUCACUGCCACUCCAGCCAAGGAUUUUGGUGGUGUGUUUAACACAAGGUACGACCAGAUCCACCUGGUCCCAGCGGAUCCCCCAGAAGCCUGCGGAGAGCUGAAUAAUGGGGUCUUCAUCCAGGACCAGAUUGCCUUGGUGGAGAGGGGGGGCUGCUCGUUCCUGUCAAAGACACGUGUGGUCCAGGAGCACGGUGGGCGGGCAGUGAUCAUUGCCGACAACGCCUACGACAAUGACAGCUUCUACAUCGAAAUGAUCCAGGACAACACCCGGCGCACAGCCGACAUUCCCGCACUCUUCCUGCUGGGCAGGGAUGGGUACAUGAUCAGACGCUCCCUGGAACAGCAUGGGCUCCCCUGGGCUGUCAUCUCCAUUCCUGUCAACGUCACCAGCAUUCCCACCUAUGAGAUGAUGCAGCCCCCCUGGACCUUCUGGUAGCCUCAGGCAGCUGCAGCGGAUUGAGGACUUCCGAGUGUAUCACAGGAGCUCACCCUAGGGACCAGGUUUGAGGAAAGCAUCCCAACAUGCUCCAGAGAUCUCACCGGAUUCAGCAACAGGGAGAUCUUUCUGCUGGCACUGGCAUGUGGCCAAGGGGAAACACCAGUGCCAGGUGGGAACCUUGAGCCUGGCACAGAGCACCCUUCGUCGUGACUUUG